CGGCCGCUUUAAGGCUGGGCGCGGGGCGCGGCCGCCGCAGCCCGGGCGGGAGGGAGGCGACGGAGGAGGGAGGGAGGCAGCGGCGGGGCGGCACCGGCACCAUGCGUGAGAUCGUGCACAUCCAGGCCGGGCAGUGCGGCAACCAGAUCGGCGCCAAGUUCUGGGAGGUGAUCAGCGACGAGCACGGCAUCGACCCCACCGGCAGCUACCACGGGGACAGCGACCUGCAGCUGGAGAGGAUCAACGUCUACUACAAUGAAGCCGCGGGUAACAAGUACGUCCCCCGUGCCAUCCUGGUGGACCUGGAGCCCGGCACCAUGGACUCGGUGCGCUCCGGCCCCUUUGGGCAGAUCUUCCGACCAGACAACUUUGUCUUUGGACAGAGCGGGGCUGGCAACAACUGGGCCAAGGGGCACUACACCGAGGGCGCCGAGCUGGUGGACUCUGUGCUGGACGUGGUGAGGAAGGAGUCGGAGAGCUGCGACUGCCUGCAGGGCUUCCAGCUGACCCACUCGCUGGGCGGCGGCACCGGCUCGGGCAUGGGCACCCUGCUCAUCAGCAAGAUCCGUGAGGAGUACCCCGACCGCAUCAUGAACACCUUCAGCGUCAUGCCCUCCCCCAAGGUGUCGGACACGGUGGUGGAGCCCUACAAUGCCACCCUUUCUGUGCACCAGCUGGUGGAGAACACGGACGAGACCUACUGCAUCGACAACGAGGCCCUGUACGACAUCUGCUUCCGCACCCUGAAGCUGACCACUCCCACGUACGGGGACCUCAACCACCUGGUGUCGGCCACCAUGAGCGGCGUGACCACCUGCCUCCGCUUCCCCGGCCAGCUGAACGCCGACCUGCGCAAGCUGGCGGUCAACAUGGUGCCUUUCCCCCGGCUGCACUUCUUCAUGCCGGGCUUCGCCCCCCUGACGAGCCGCGGCAGCCAGCAGUACCGCGCCCUGACGGUGCCCGAGCUCACCCAGCAGAUGUUCGACUCCAAGAACAUGAUGGCCGCCUGCGACCCCCGCCACGGCCGCUACCUGACGGUGGCGGCCAUCUUCCGGGGCCGCAUGUCCAUGAAGGAGGUGGACGAGCAAAUGCUCAACGUGCAGAACAAGAACAGCAGCUACUUUGUGGAGUGGAUCCCCAACAACGUCAAGACGGCCGUCUGCGACAUCCCGCCGCGCGGCCUCAAGAUGUCCGCCACCUUCAUAGGCAACAGCACGGCCAUCCAGGAGCUCUUCAAGAGGAUCUCGGAGCAGUUCACGGCCAUGUUCCGCCGCAAGGCUUUCUUGCACUGGUACACCGGCGAGGGCAUGGAUGAAAUGGAGUUCACCGAGGCCGAGAGCAACAUGAACGACCUGGUGUCAGAGUACCAGCAAUACCAGGAUGCCACUGCUGACGAGCAGGGUGAAUUUGAAGAGGAGGGAGAGGAGG